CGCUGUGUCGUCACAGCACUGGGGAAACCCUGCAUGAGCUCUACUCCACUGCUAGUGUGUGUAGUAACAAUAGCUAUGACUCAGACUGAUGGCAUCCGAAAACCAGAACCGCAUCCGAUCUAACACGCAUAGUGAUUUAUACAACCAAAACUAUUGAAGCGAUUUGAUUGGUCCUUCUCGAACAGAAGCCUAAUCAAUUCUUCGACAGAAUUUCCAAAAUGUCUUGUAUCUGUUACUAUUGUUAGGGAUUCAAGGCAAGAUGUUGAUGAAACAGAAAAUCGAAAGUUACAAAUUUCUGAAGUUAGUAGUAUAUAAAAUGUGCAAAAUGUCGAAACACAUCAGUAAGCAACGAAUACCAACUGAACACAACUGUAAGCAAAGGAACCCAAUUGAUACGCAAUAUGAAGCAAGGAUUUACAGCCAGUUAUUUCACACUCGCCAUUAUAAAAUUGGCUUGUAUCUACCCAGUAAUGAUGGAGGCAGCACCCAUUUCUGGAUACAAAGGAUCAUGGAGAAAUCCAUGUAAUGAAGCCACACCUUCGUUUGAACCAUACAAUACUACGAACGAAAACAAAGCGCACGUCCUUCAAGUGGUUCUUAUACAACUUGAGGAGGCAAAAAUCGUGGCCGACAACCUUAAACAUGAAUACAGAACACAUCGCGUAGCAAAUCAAGUUUCUGACGGACCGUGCGUUUCUGGAUUUGAGGAUAACCUUGACAAUGUAUAUAGACAUGUUGAUGGGUUCCCAGACCUUAGCCAGUACUUCGUACAACGUAACACCAUUGCUAUUUGCGACAAUAUUUCCGCGACAUUUCUUGAUGAUUACAGAACUCUAGUCCAAGUUAUGAUUUUCUUAGAAGAAACAAUUGAAGAAGAAUAUACUCAAAACAACAGAAUCUACGAACACCAACUGUUGGAACUGCAUGGGUCAAUCAAAGGAAUUAUGUGUAACUUUCACUUCGUUGAGCAACGUUGUGGCCUAGAGGAACAACAUCUGAAUGCGACUGAAAUGAUUGACCAGUACAAAGCAUCCCCUGUUUCUGAACGUGAUUACUUGUUGAUCAGAGACAUUGCAGUUUUAGUUCGGGCACUGCAUGCCAGAUAUAACACAUGCAAUAUAUUGCUUAGCAGAGGCUCGACAUAAUUCCUUUCAAUUUAUUUGUCCUUUCCACUAGAACUGAUAUAUCUCAAUGAUAUAUUUCCGUUUAUCUAACAACGAAUGCUUCCACAUAUUAAGUUCAAUCUCGUUCAUUACAUCACAAACUUGUUUGUCAAACGGUGGUAUUAUAACGUUAUUUUAUAUUAAUGGAAAGGGUCUUCGGAUGACUGGUUCAAACCUGACCAAACACUAAUCUACAUUCCUUAAAUUUUUUAAAGUUUUAUUUGAGUUUGUGACCUAGGUGAGGUGAGUGAGUCUCUGAAAUACUUAGGAAAUUACUUGUCGAGACUCAAUUGCCAAACUUAUUUAUUCUUUGAUAGAAUGAAGACAAUUAUUUUUCCUCCUUAAAUUUGAUAAUUUCUGUAUAGAAUAUGCUCUCUCCGUACUGAGAAUGGAUACCUAUAAUGCCAUUGUUGUACUAUUGAAGUCCUGAUUAUCGAAAUCGACACAGAAGAUUUGAUAUCUUCUAGUGAGACUUUGUCAUUUUCUUUUUCCUUUUUUUCUUUCUUUUUAUAUACAUUGCAGACCAUUUUAUAUAUUCGUCUGAUUGGAUUUUUCAAUCGUCCUGACGUUGUAGUUGAUGUUAUGAAUAUCAUUAUAUUUAUAUAUUGAUGAUAAACAUUUGGAUAAUAGUAUAAUUUAGUUAAAUGUAUAUACAUACAAAGUAUGUUAAUGUAAAUGAUUUCACCACAGUAUUGACUGUCUAGGUAUCAUGAACUGUAUGUUCAUAGAACAUGUAUGAUUAUAUUAAUCAGUGUGUCCAUAAAUCCUUGUUUCAACGUCCAAAGUUGUUUUUUUAUAUACGGUAUAUAUUUUUUAUGUUUUUAUUUUGCAGUAAAUUUUGAUAUUGUCCUCUUUCAUGUAUGAUUUUUAUUUUACUGUGUUGAUAAAUGACGAUAUUAUUGCU